AGCCGCGGCCUGCUCCGCGGUCGCCAUGGGAACCAGCUUCUCGGGGCCGGGAACAGAUGCGCCUCCUUUGUCCCUUGCACUCCCACCAGCGCUCAGCACCGGGGGACCUCCACCUCCCAGAGUCGUGGGAGUCGUGACCCGGGGACACGCACCCAGCCCCUUCGCCCUCCCCCGCGUGCGGGCAGCGGGAGGUCUCCCUCUACCCAACCAUGGCGGGGUGGGCCCUGCCACGGUGUAGCUGAACUUCUUGGGGCGGGGGUAGCGAUGGGGCGGACAGGGCGUCUGGAUCCCUCUGGAGCUGGCCGCACCGCCUCGUUGUCCCCAUUCCUCCGAGUGCUUGCCCUUCCCGUCGCGGAGCUCCAGGGCCUGGCGUUAUCUUGCAGGACAGGCUGCACCGGCUGUGUGCAGUUGUGAUGGGCAUAGGCGCACCCUCAGAGGGCCAGGCCUCCUUCCCUGCCAUGGGGAUGGCCCUCCUCCCCAGUUCAGAAUGCAGCCCACAGCCACCAUGGCCACAACCGCCGCUGCCGCCACCACCACCACCACCACCACCACUGCCACAGUAGCCCUGACGACGUCGUGGGACAACGCCACUGGACGCCCCACGGCAGAGCCAGACCCCAUCCUGGACAACUACGUGCUGCUGGUGGUGGUGAUGUCGCUAUUCGUGGGGGGCACGCUGGUGGUGUUGUCCGGCGUCCUGCUCCUCUGCAAGCGCUGCUGGGACGUCCACCAGCGCCUCAACAGGGCCAUGGAGGAAGUGGAGAAGACCACCACCACCUAUCUGGACAACGGCACCCACCCGGCCCAAGACCCCGACUUCCGGGGGGAGGACCCCGAGAGCCAGGAUGCGGAGACUGAGCGCUUCCUGUCCACCAGCUCCACUGGCCGCCGGGUUUCCUUCAACGAGGCGGCGCUGUUCGAGCAGAGCCGCAAGACGCAGGACAAGGGCCGCCGGUACACACUGACGGAGGGGGACUUCCACCACCUGAAGAAUGCCCGGCUCACACACCUGCACCUGCCGCCCCUCAAGAUUGUCACCAUCCAUGAGUGUGACUCGGGUGAGGCCAGCUCGGCUGCCACGCCCCACCCAGCCACCUCUCCCAAGACCACCUUGGCCAUCUUCCAGCCCCCGGGGAAGGCCCUCACGGGCCGCUCCGUGGGCCCCAGCUCCGCCCUGCCAGGUGAUCCCUACAACUCAGCCGCGGGCGCCACUGACUUUGCGGAGAUCAGCCCCUCAGCAUCUAGUGACUCUGGGGAAGGCAUCUCGUUGGAUGCCGGUACCAGGAGCACCAAGGCUGGAGGGCCCGGGGCUGCAGCAGGACCUGGGGAGGUGGGCCCGGGAUCCGGGACGGGUACCGUUCUGCAGUUCCUCACCCGCCUGCGCCGCCAUGCCAGCCUGGACGGGGCCAGCCCCUACUUCAAGGUCAAGAAGUGGAAGCUGGAGCCUAGCCAGCGGGCGGCCAGUCUGGACACGAGAGGUGAGCUGUGGCACCUGGUGGAGAGUGGCCCCUGUGGGCUUGGUGGUGGCUGCCAGGGGCUGCCCUGGACAUCCAGGAGCAGUUGUGGGCUGGGUGGGGAGCCAAUGCUCUGGGGCCUGGCCCUGCCCAGUCUGCCAGCGGGCAUCCUGCCUGAGGUUCUGCAGGCGGCUGGGAGGGCUGAGUGUGUGGGUAGCUUGAGCCAGACCCACCUAGCUCCGGUGCCCUGUGUGGGAGGGCUUUGCGCGCCCUGACUCCUCUCAGGUCAUUGGGGCACCCAGGAUGAGGUGGUAAAGGAGGGUGUCAGGGGGCCACCUGGUCACUGUGCAGCGUAGAGGGUGGGGCCUGCGGCCUGCAUCCCCUCCCGGCCACGCUGCGCUCUCAUCCCUGGGAAUGUGAGCGGAAGGUGAGUUCUCCAGGAGCCCCUCCCUCGCCCGCUGGCCAGAGCAUCAGCUGCUGUGUGACCUUGGCCAAGGCCCUCUGCCGGUCUGGGCUCUGGCUUCCUCUGACACGAAGUAAGUGUUGGACUGCGCCAGGGGUCAGCAGACAUUUCCCGUCAGGCCCCAGAUGGUGGCAUUCGUGGGGUUAUGGUCGGAGAGGCUGUCUCCACAACUCAGUGCUGCUGUUGAGGUGAGGAAGCAGCAGGAGGCACUGCGGGACGAAUGCACGUGGCUGUGUGCCAGAAAAACUUACAGAAGCUGGGGGUGGGGGCAGCGCUUUGCCCUCUGGGCUGUAGCACAUAGAUCUCUGUAGUCCUUGAAUUCUGCAGGCCUUGGGUCAGGCAGGAUCCUGGAGACAGGGCUGCCUUUUCUGGGCUUGGGGAAGGAGUGUGUGGCGGGAGCAGAGGGGUCCUGUCCGUAGCUCCGGCAGCAGGGCUAGGGCAGGCCAGAGGGGCUGGGGCCCUGCUCUGCCUUGUGGAGGGGGUGGCAGGUCCAGUUGUCAGGUGAGGCCGGGACAGGGGACAAAUGCAGAGAGAAGGUACUGUCAGUGUGACAGAGGACACGCCAUCAGACAGUGGGAGACCCCGUAUUGGGGCCUGGCUCCAGCCAGCAGGGGUGGGGUGAGUUCUCCCAACCCCCACCCCAAGGUGGCUAGGGGCCAGAGAGGGGAAGGCCUCCUCUGGCUGCCCCGGUCCCGCUGAGAGAAUCCAGAUUUUGAGAUGAAUGGAGCCCUGGUGGCAACUAGAGACAUUUAGAGUCCAAUGUGGUUGCAGCACAACCCACAACCUGUUUGCUGGGUAACUGCCUCCCUGCCCCUGGGGCCUGCCCACUCAAGCUUCGCUGGGGAGGCUGUUGAGAGAAGGGGGCCGAGGCAGGGGUGGGGCAGUCCCCCAGCGCUCCCCAGACCAGGGUGGAGCUGGCAGGAGAGGGCACCGCUCUCCCUCUCCUCAUUAGUCCCCACCAAGCCUGUAUGUGACUCUCUCAUGCCUUCCAUAGUUUGAGCCAGGCUGUGCAGGCCACCAGGUGUCCAGGACACGUCCUUAUGAGUGGCCACACAUUGACCAGGGCUGCCCUGGGGCACUAUCAGUGCCUGAGGCCCUUCUACUCACUCGCUUCCUGGCCCUGCCCUGCCCAGGCUCUCUGGUCCUAGCAUCUCUGCCCUCCGUGCCUCAGUUUCCUCACCUGUACUCCAGGGUGUACAUACAGCCACUGUCCACGCCCACCUGGC